AUGCGCUCACCCUGGCUUAUUGCAGCCACUGCAAUGCUGCUUCCUUUGGUGGCAGCUGACUGGCAGUUUAAAUCGCGCCCCGACUUGGCACCGCCCAAGUUGAACAUUACUAUCCCUGCAGCCGCGGAUGUGGAGAAGGGAUACCUCUUUGUUGCUCCUUUUGCUGGUAUCGCAGAUGGCCCCGGAGAGAUGCACGGCCCUCGCCAGGCUUCUCCUUACAUCUUUCGGGAUGAUGGUGAGUUGGUCUGGUCUGGCUACUCCUACUACUCCAUCUGGGCUACGAACUUUCAGAAAGCCCGAUGGAAGGGCAAGGACGUCCUCUUCUGCUUCGAGGGUGAUCAUAACCCGGCUUAUGGGCAUGGUCACGGUCAUGUCACAAUCCUGGAUCAGCACUACGAGACCAUUCGUGAGCUGCGUGCUGGUAACCAUAAGAUUAUGGACAAGCAUGAGUUUCACGUCAUCAAUGAGGAGACGGCAUUGAUACAGAUUUACCAGCCUGUGCCAAUGGACCUCACUCCCUGGGGAGCCAGUGCGGAGCAACAGUGGAUCGUGGAUGCUAUUAUCCAAGAGCUUGACAUUGCAACUGGUGAUGUUCUGUUUGAGUGGUCCAGCUUGGAUCAUGUCCUUCCCGACGAGGCAAUCCUCCCCAUAAAUCCUGGCCAGGCUGGGGCAGGCUAUAAUUCUUCAGAUGCUUGGGACUACUUCCAUAUCAACUCCGUUGACAAAGACACGGACGGUAACUACCUGAUCUCAGCCCGCGAUGCCUGCGCCGUGCACAAAAUCAACGGCAGCACCGGUGAGAUCAUCUGGCGCCUGGGAGGAGUCAAGUCAGACUUCGAACUAGGACCCAACGUCAAGUUCUGCUUCCAACAUCACGCUCGGUUUGUUUCCAAAGACGGUGACUCCGAGGUCAUAUCCUUGUAUGACAACUCCGCCCACGGCACCGAGAACGGUCGCGGCCACGAAGUCCACACCCACCCAUUUUCACAAGGCAAGAUUAUCAAAGUCAACACUGCUACCUGGAAAGCAACCAUUGUCCAAGCCUUCCAGCCACCCGAUGGUCUAUUGUCCAAGUCUCAAGGAGGCACCCAAUUGCUACCCAACGGCAACGUCCUCGUGAACUGGGGCUCAGAAGGUGCAUUGACUGAAUUUCGCCCUGACGGCACUCCGAUCCUACACGCCUACAUGGACUCGGGCUUUCUGGGCGAGGGCGUCGAGAAUUACCGUGCUUUCCGGUAUAAUUGGACCGGACUCCCUAAUGAGACGCCGGCCAUCGUAUCAUUGCAGAACGAUGAAGGUACAACCCUGUAUGUCUCCUGGAACGGUGACACUGAGACGAAGUUCUGGCGGUUUUAUAGCGUGGUUGACGAGUACGGCUCGCGCGAGUUCUUGGGUGAUGCGAAGCGAACUGGAUUUGAGACUGCGCUGUCGCUUCCAGGUCGUGUGAUUCAUGCUGUGUCUGCGGAAGCUAUUGAUUCCAGGGGAAGGGUUCUGACGACUACUGGUUCAGUGAGAACUAAGGCUGAAGUGCUACCUCCUAAGGCAGCUUCGGUUGGACAACACGAGCACGGGGCCGCGCAAUCCCAAAUCCAAAUUGGAGCAACUAGUCAUUGGGAGGAGUAUAUGAUCUUGAAGUUGGAUCGUUUCUAUCGCGGAUAA